GCUGUUCUCUUCCUCCCUCCCUCCCUCUUGUGUGCGCGCGCGCGCGCUCUCUUUCUUUUUGUCUCGUCACGAUUGACGUCCGCUCUAGCGGCCCUUCCCGCCUUUCUCUUCCCCCCCUCCUGUGUUUGGACGCGCGCGCCAGGGGUCGUCUGGCCCAGUCGGUCGGGGAAAGCGAAGGUGUGAGGAGCUGCGCUCGCCCUCUCCUUGCCGCAACUUCCGUCGCUUCCUUCUCUUGACGCCCCUUUCCCCCCCCUCCUCCUUUCUUCUCUCUCCCCCCUUCAACCCUCCCGGUUUUGUAGCCUCCCUUAACGUUCCACGGCGCUCCCCCCACACCUUUGAAGCGGAAGGCGCCUUUCCUCCUCUACAGCCUGGACGUUCUCAAUAUGAGCGGUAUCGUCUGCGUUGAGAGACACCAGAGUAUGAUGCAUGACUACCACAGAAGAAAUUCAUGUCUAUAGCUUUUAAGGACUUGAUUACAUCGUUUUAAAGCCUGGUAGUUUUGGAGUCAUCAGUUUAGAAGACGCAUCUGCCUUGCAUUUCUUCAAGCUGCUGUUCACCUAAGAAGGAAUACAAACUUGAAGUGCUCUAUAUUAACACAGCAGGGCUUCGGAUUAUUUAAGAUCUCUCAAGUUAUAAAAUUACAGCAUAAAUUUAUUUGCCACAGAAACAGCAAAAUGAUUCCUAAUGGCUAUUUGAUGUUCGAAGAUGAAAACUUCAUUGAGUCAUCAGUUGCGAAGCUAAAUGCUUUGCGCAAAAGUGGCCAGUUUUGUGAUGUUAGACUGCAGGUGUGUGGACAUGAGAUGUUGGCACACAGAGCGGUAUUAGCAUGCUGCAGUCCUUACCUGUUUGAAAUCUUCAAUAAUGACAGCGAUUCUCAUGGAGUUUCCCAUGUGAAAUUUGAAGAUCUUAAUCCAGAGGCUGUUGAAGUCUUGUUAAACUAUGCCUACACUGCUCAAUUGAAGGCUGAUAAAGAAUUGGUGAAAGAUGUAUACUCUGCAGCAAAGAAGCUGAAGAUGGAGAGAGUCAAACAGGUUUGUGGAGAUUAUUUGCUCUCCAGAAUGAACGUUGAAAGCUGUAUCUCGCAUCGAAACUUCGCAAGCAACAUGGGUGAUUCACGUUUACUAAACAAGAUUGAUGGUUACAUUCAGGAGCACUUGUUACAGAUCUCAGACCAGGAGGAAUUCCUCAAACUGCCACGUUUAAAGCUGGAGGUCAUGCUUGAAGAAAAUGUUAGCUUGCCCAGCAAUGGCAAAUUAUACACAAAGGUAAUCAACUGGGUGCAACGCAGUAUCUGGGAGAAUGGAGACAGUCUAGACGAUCUGAUGGAAGAGGUUCAAACGUUGUACUACUCAGCUGAUCACAAGCUGCUUGAUGGAAAUCUACUAGAUGGACAGGCUGAGGUGUAUGGCAGUGAUGAUGACCACAUUCAGUUUGUGCAGAAAAAGCCACCCCGUGAGAAUGAUCUCAAGCAGAUAAGUAGCAGUUCUUCUGGAAGUCUUUCUCCAAAUGCAGCAGUGCAGAGUCCUAAACACGAAUGGAAAAUUGUUGCUUCAGAGAAGACCUCAAAUAAUACUUACCUGUGUCUUGCUGUUCUGGAUGGCAUGUUUUGUGUGAUUUUCCUUCACGGGCGUAACAGUCCCCAAAGUUCUCCAACCAGUACUCCACGAUUGCUGAAAAGCCUGAGUUUUGAGAUUCAACCAGAUGACCUUGUAGAAAAGCCCAUGUCUCCUAUGCAGUAUGCUCGAUCUGGAUUGGGAACAGCGGUACUUAACAACAAGCUCAUGGCUGCAGGUGGUUAUAACAGAGAAGAAUGUUUACGCACUGUGGAAUGUUAUGAUCCCCGAAAGGAUUGCUGGACCUUUGUUGCACCAAUGAGGACACCAAGAGCACGGUUUCAGAUGGCAGUUCUCAUGGGGCAACUCUAUGUUGUUGGUGGAUCAAAUGGCCAUUCAGAUGACUUGAGCUGUGGGGAAAUGUAUGAUCCAGAGAUAGACGAUUGGACUCCUGUUCCGGAACUGAGAACUAACCGUUGCAAUGCCGGAGUGUGUGCUCUGAAUGGAAAGCUGUAUAUUGUUGGUGGCUCAGAUCCUUAUGGUCAGAAGGGACUGAAAAACUGUGACGUCUUUGAUCCUGUAACAAAAUCUUGGACAAGCUGUGCUUCACUUAAUAUUCGUAGACACCAGUCUGCUGUAUGUGAGCUUGGUGGAUAUUUGUAUAUCAUUGGAGGAGCUGAAUCUUGGAACUGCCUUAAUAGUGUGGAGCGUUACAAUGCGGAAAACAAUACCUGGACACUAAUUGCAGCUAUGAAUGUAGCGAGGCGUGGAGCUGGUGUUGCUGUGCUUGACGGAAAGCUCUUUGUUGGCGGUGGCUUUGAUGGUUCGCGUGCAGUCAACUGUGUGGAGAUGUAUGACCCUGCUAAGAAUGAGUGGAAGAUGAUGGGCAGUAUGACCGUUCCAAGAAGUAAUGCUGGUUUUGCAGCAGUGGCCAACACCAUCUAUGCAGUGGGAGGAUUUGAUGGCAAUGAGUUUCUGAACACAGUUGAAGUCUACAAUCCGGAGUCAAAUGAAUGGAGCCCGUACACAAAAAUCUACAAAUUCUGACUAACAUAAGUCUCCUUAAAACUAACAGGCUUAGUGAUGUAAUUGUUUUAGUAGAGGUACACAUGUGAAUAGAGAGGGGGGUGGGUUAAAAGUUGCCAUCAGCAACACAAAGCUUUUGCAUAUUGCAUACUAUUAAUAUGCUGUACAUAUUUUUAUUUAGAGCACAUGAAGGGUGUUUUGUGUAUUAGAAUUUGUUACUUUAGACUCUGGAAGUUAUCCUGAAAGUAAGGAUGUAAGCUGAUGGCAUAUCAUUUCAAGAGUUUCCCCCAAUGUUUGUUUUGCCAAUUUGCACACACAAAUACUUUAACAUUAGAGUUCAUUUCUGGUGCCGGAAAAGUUAGUGGUCUUCAAUGUGAGCAAUUGCUUUUUAGGCCUUCUUUGGGUUUCUUAUCUUAAGUAACUGGAACAAUCUAAUAAGCCUUAUUUAAAUAGAUAAAUGGCUUUAUUUAAAAAAAGCUGACACACCUGCCAAUUUGACUGCCUUUUAUAACUUUUUAUAUAUAGUCAAGAGUUGUUAUAUCCUGAAGUGACAUAAGAUACGCGUUGAAGCAAAGAGACCAUCUCAAAGUUCAUAGACUGGAGUGAGAUGUCAUUUUCCACCAUGAAAGCUUUUAAAUUUUUUUCCUGCUACAAUGUUAUAUGAACUCUAGUAUGCAAUAUUGAUUUUUCAUUGUAUCCGAGUGGAGUUUCUGGACAUGGCUGUAACAUGACUGAGGAAAAAGUCUGGCUCUGAAAUUGAACUAAUAUAAAAGGUGCUUUUCUGUAUGGUUCAAGCAGUUGUAACAAACAUGCAAAACUGCAAAAAAUGUGUGGUGUGUUAGCUAGCAAGGUUACCCAUCUCAAAAUUAUUGUAUAAGUUUGUAUCUUUCUACUGCAAGCUGGAAACAUGCUAUAAUACAAACUGUGCUUCAUUUGUUUAAAAAUAA